AGUGCAAAACCUAGCUUGUAAAAUUCGUAAAUCAACAAUAUUGUCACUUGUUCUCUUAUAUCAUAAAUUUAAUAAAUUCGUGCAGCUGCGUUAUCGAAUUCUGUUUUCGGUGCAUAACUAUUCCUUGGAAAAAUGAAGAUCGGCAUCGCUAAUCUCUUCUUUAUAUUCAUGCUGUUUCUUAAUUCUAUACAAUCAAGUGAAGAGCUUUUCAGUUGUUUUGGCGGAAUGUGUAAGUCUCGCUCCCCAUUUACACGAAAGAGUUCUCGUAAGUACCCGAUAGACGAUAAAGUUGUUUAUGUUCAGGAGACCAAUAACAACAAAAUUCUUUCACCAAACGAGGGACAACCAUACGUGAUCCAUCCAUCCGAAUUUCUUUUACUCAGCGGUGGACCUAUUGAACAUACGCAGACUCCGAAUCACAUAUCUACCUCGCAAUCAGUUUCUCGCGCUACGAAACAAAAUAACCUUGUACCAAAAAAACUUAUUUUUUGAAUAUACAUACAGAUUUGCUUGAAUCCAACAAAUUUGUAUUGAUUAAAAAAAAUAUUUAAUUGACCUGAUAAAUUUUUGUUUGUUCAAACAACCAAAUACUACAUCUACCAAACUAUUUUGUUAAAAGAACCAACAAACUUAGUUGGUUCAGCCAAAAAUUUUGUUUCCCACAUAAUAACCAUAUUUAAUGGUUGAAUCAACAAAUGCAGAAGUUUUUUUAUCCAUAGAGACUUAAAUGGGAAAAAUAGAAUAUGAAAUUGAAUCGAGAUUUAAAAAAAGUACAUGGUAAAAGCCCAUUUUUAUUAGUACUUGUUUGUAAUUUUAUUUUAAUAUAUUUUUUUACCAUAGUGGAUGAACG